AUGGGCAGCGACGAGCCUCCGGUCGCCAAGAUCAAGAAGCCGGCCAAGGAGCUCAGCGUGCACGAGAAGGCCGUGCUCAUCGCGCAAGCCAGCCGCGGCCAUGCGACCAACUCGAAGCUGGCCAAGCAGUUUGGCGUCUCAAGCGCGACCGUGAGCCGUAUCUUGAAGCGGAAGCACGAGUACAUCACGAUGGCCAAGGCCACGGACGACGAUGCAGCUCGGAAGCGCAAGUUUCGCACCGACACCAACGCGCUCUUGAGCUCGCUUGUCUACAAGUGGUACCAAGAGGCGACGGGUCGGAACGUACUCGUGACGGGCCCCAUGCUCCGCGAGAAGGCGCUCCGCCUCGCGACCGAGCUCUCGAUUCCCGACUUCAAAGCGUCAAAUGGCUGGAUGGACAACUUUCGCCAACGCUACCACAUUGCAAACCUCCAGACGCAGUCGAGCCUCGACGCGCUCUUUGAGAAGACCAAGCCACCCGAGCCACCGAUGCUCACGCCCGACGAUCUUGCCAAGGACGACGCCCUUGACGAGGUGGCAGGCCAUGACGCCGCGUUCACACACUUUAUCGCGCCACCACCAACACCAACGGCCGUGCCACCGCAGCCCACGUAUACCGAUCUGCUCCAGCGCGUGCAUGACCUCGAAGCGCAGGUGGCCGCCAUGCAAGCGUGGCAGACGUCCUUUGAGCGCAGCGUAGCCCAGCAGCGAGAAGAGGACGCAGCGCUCUUGGCCGCGAAAGCGCUCGCCCACGACGCGCAGCUGACCACGAUCCUCGACCUUCUCAAGCACGCUCCGUCACUGUAG